AUUAUCGGUGUUAAGCCGUUUUGUCGCUCGAACGGUCGGUUUCAGCGGCUCGUGAAAAUCCAGCUUUACAAAAGUGUUUUUGACAGCUGACUCUGUUGCACGUGUUUUACUCGAAAUUUCCGUCAAUAAUGGUUUACUAUUUCACGAGUGAAGUUGUGCAACCAUCCAUCACAUUGUUUAUGGGGAUUGACAAACACGAAAAUGAGGAUCUUAUUAAGUGGGGCUGGCCGGAAGAUGUAUGGUUUCAUGUCGAUAAGUAUUCGUCUGCCCAUGUGUAUCUUCGACUUCGACAUGGUCAGAUGAUAGACGAUAUUCCCAGUACUGUAUUAGAAGAUGCCGCACAAUUGGUAAAAGCAAACAGCAUUGAAGGAAACAAAAUGAAUGACAUUGAUGUCGUAUACACAAUGUGGUCGAAUUUGAAAAAGACGCAAGGUAUGGAGGUUGGUCAGGUUGGCUUUCACAAGGACAAAGACGUUCGUAAGAUUCAUGUUGCUAAACGAGUGAACACUAUCGUGAAUCGCCUUAAUAAGACGAAACGGUCGGAGCAAGUAAACUUCUGUGCUGAGAGAGAGCAAAGAGAUAGAAACGAACGAGAAGACAAGAAGAAACUCUUGAGGGAACAAAAAGAAAAAGAAAAGGCAGAGGAAAAGAGACGUCAGGAAGAAGCAGAGAUAAGGAGUUACAAUUCCCUGUUUAAUACAUCCAACAUGACUUCAAACACGGAAACCAGUGGAUAUGAUUCGGAUGAUUUUAUGUGAUGAAGCUAUAAUAUUCAUAUUUGUGUGUCUUAUUCUCUACCAUCUCCAGUAAGAUAUGCAAAGGGAAAAAGUUCCAGAAUGAAAAGUGUAAAAUAUCUCAUAUAUGAUUAUUUAUUUUAUUUAUAGCCGUAUUCUUUUACAAAUGUAUUUGCAAAAUUGUAGACAUUUCUGUAUCAAUGUACACUACACUUGUCUGUAUAAUAGAAGACUGCUUUGUCAUUCAUAAAUUAAAGAAGUGCUGUGUAACUACA